CAAUUUUAUAAACAAAUAAAUUAUAAAAAAUGGAUAAAACAUAGUGCACUUUUAAAGAACUUUUACUUCCAUGAAUUUAAAAUUUUUAUCUCACAUUUGCGACCAGAACGAAUCUGGCGGUUUACAAUAUGAAGAUUUACAAGUUUUUAUGGUUAUUUUUGUCCAAUAUUUUUUAUUUUCGGUAUUUUAUUAAUAAUAUCCAUGUUGAUUCUACGUGCAAUUUAUCAUUACAAUGGACAACAAUUCGAAAACUGCUAAAUCCAAGUUAAAAGAUCGAGUUGCGUCGAAUGAAUCAAUCGAGAGCACAUCCAGUUCAUUAGAUCCAUUUGAAGAUCUGAACAAAAGCCUAAGUAACGUAUCUGUUGAGUCAGAUUCAGAAGAUUCCAAAGAAUUUUCUCAAGACCUUCCGAGAAGUUCUCAGCAGGUCAUCAAAGAAUAUGAUGAAUACGUCGAAAGCCACAGCGAAAUCGAGUCUUUGGUGCUUGAUCGCCCUCCGCAAUUCGUGAGUAUUAUAAACAGCAGGACAUUCCGCGAAGCCGAUCAAGAAUUGCGAGCCAAAAUGCUCUACUACUACCACACGUGUCUCGAGAAGAAGCGCCAAUUAGUACAAGCACCAAGGAAUAUCUCACCUAUUCUCUUAAAUGUACCCAUAAGCAACGCUGAAGAGAAACCGCAUCUUUCAUCAACCAAUUGGGAACCCCCGCAGGAUAUCUACACAACUAAAUCCGGGCGACAAACCAGAAGAAAACCGUACUUUGAAUUGGACCAGGACAGUGCAGAAGACUUCGAUACAGAAUGGCAAAGCACAAACAGAAAUGCCUCGUCCAGUGGAACUAGUCAGAAAUCAAAGAGGAAGAACUUGAACAACAAUGGAAUAAUUAGCAAAUCGUCCUUGUUCGACGACGAAUCGCUUGUAACUAAAAGAACCUGGUCCACGAUAGAUGAUGAAGCAGCGGUGGUGAAUAAAGGAAAUGACAAUGACACUGUUGAAAAUAACAAAACUACUAAGGGGAAUAAAUCGAGUAAAUCUUCAAGCAAACGAACCAAAACUAUAGAUAAUAAGGAUCGUGCCAAUGAAAUUACGUCUUCACGAAGGCAACUUAAACUGGAAACUUGUCCUUUGUGUCAAAUUUCUUUUUCUAAGGACGAAAUUCAGGUAUUUCUGUUAGUCCUAUUUAUAAAGGAAUCCACAUUGCAAAUAAAUUUGCACUUAUCUGUAUAUUGUUUCUAAUUGAUUAACAUUUUUUCAGGAACAUGCUGCAAGUUGCGGGGAAUGAAGUUGUUCUUAGUUUUAGUACCGGUAGAUCAAUCACUUGUACUAUUAAAUUUAUUCCUAUAUAUUUGCUUAUUACAUAUCAGUUAUUAUUCAUUUUAAA